CAAAAGGAUAACUACGCGCCACUGUGCGACCUUAAGGAGGUCCGUGUGCCUGAGAAGCUCACAGAUCGCGCGUGGCGAACUUCGGAAUGGAAAGUGGUCAGAUGCAUUCGAGACGUCAUGGAACGACGUCUCGCACGCGAGUUGGAAGAUAGACUCAACUCACGCUCGGAUGUCAUGAAGAGCGCUGUGAACACUCUCAAGCUGCGCCCGGAGGUACGGCCUUACCGCUUGGACUUCGGAGACAUCGCGCGCAUGCCGGAAGUCCGCGAGAUCAUGUGUGCGGUCGACUCAAAGGACAUCACGGCUAGGUUCGCCGCGUUGCCAGCACAAUUUGGGGAUAUGGUCGAACGAUGGAAGGCUCGAGUGGACAAGAAACUUAUCAGGCGGUUGUUUAUGCUGUACUACCCUGGUGUCUUGUGGCACGAAUGUCUGCAUUGGGAGACGGACUGGCCAAAUGACGAAAGAAAUGUAGUGUACAGCAACUUCAUCUGGCAUAUAGUGGGCCCGCAUGGAUUCCACAUGGACCGUCUCUUCACAGAAGACACCUCAGCGCAGGCCCAUGAGCUGAUCAAGCUAUUCGGCAAGGACCCGAAGAUGGCAACGGCGAAGGAAAUGGACGCGCUGGAUCUAAGACUCGUGCGCGAUAACGAAGCGGUCAUGACAUGGCGCGCCGCCAUGUACUAUGUAGAUGAUCAUGUAGGCACUUGCGACUGGCGAAUAGCAACCUCCGACGAGGUUGACAAGGCCAAGAAGCACGAGCGACUGAUACAAUUGGAUAAGU